AUGGGUGUCGGGUCAAGUUUCAUUUGGCAAGGAAUUGUCACGGCUAGAAUUGAGGCAAUGCAAGGUUACAGAUUAAGUGCCAAGGGAGUGAAUCUUCCUCUUAAUUGUCCGAUGUGUGGCUAUGAGGUGGAGGAUCUCCUUCAUGUUUUCUUCAAUUGUCCUUUUGCUUUAGCUUGUUGGCAUGUGGUAGAUGCAGGGUUUGAUUUAUCAAUGGAGAUGUCUGCUCCGUUAUGGCUUCUUACAAAGAUUGAAACAGGCCCUAGUGAGGAGAUUCUGAAAAUUGCUAGAGUUCUGUGGGGAGUCUGGUUUUUCUGUAACAAAAAAAUAUGGGAAAAUCAGAUUGUCACUGCAGAAAUAGCCAUGGCGUGGAGCACCAAAAGCAUAGAAGACUGGAAGGAAGCUGUGGGUAAACCUGCUAAUCAGGGAGUUAUCACUUCUCAGAGGUCAUCUCAGGUUCCUGUCAAGUGGUCGAAACCAGAGUUGGGGGCUAUGAAACUUCAUGUGGAUGCAGUAGUGACUCUAGGUGCACCUGCAUUUUUUAUUGGUCUGGUUCUUAGAGACCACACGGGGGCCUUAGUGGGUGGUUACACGAUUAGUAAAAGCAUGGUUAACAAAGUGUUUGAGGCUGAAUCACUUGCUGUCCUUGAAGGCUUGACUUGGCUUGCCUCCAUGAACCAUGACAAGGUGAUAAUUGAAUUUGAUUCCCUUUUCACAGUGCCAGCCUUACAAACCUCCUCUGUCAACUUACUGGAAGUUGGGUUUAUUUUGGAUGCCUGCCGUAAUAUACUUGAAUCUAGAUCAGGUUACAAAAUCUCCUUUGUUAAAAGACAAGCAAAUAGGGUCGCUCAUUUAGUAGCUAAAUUACCCUGUUCCCUGAAUUGUCAAAACGUGUUAACGUCUCCUUCAGAUCUGUUGUUGGAGGCUCUUCUUCUUGAUAUUUCGUAA